AUGCCGUACAACACUCGUCGCAAAUCGCUCUCUCUCCCAUCUCUCGGAAUCCGCAUCCCAGUCCACCGAGCCUCGACAAACAGCAACAUGGCCGCUUCUAGAUCUUCGUCAGAGAGCUCGCCGCAUCCUAAUAAGAAGUUGAAGCGUUCGCACAACCACUCCGCGUCCUCUGGCUCCCUCACCUCCGUGUCCGGCUCCAAAUCCAAGUCUGCCGCAGCCCCCGUCAAGUUCGACCAAACACCGCCACCCUCGCCACGUCUUCAGGUUUCCAUCGAGAUGGACGAGUCCGAGGCCCACGAUGCGCCCGAGGUCAAGCCUGUCGACUUGGAAGGAAUCAACGACGACAUCGUCGAGGCUGUUAUUGUGCGACUGCAGCAGACUCGGAAUCGACCCCAUUUGGUCAAGGAGCUCGCCUCUGUGCUCAUGAACAACGUCAAAAUAGUUCAACAGUCUGCGAACCCUUGCGCCAUCAUCUCGUCUCGACUUGCUACGUACCUGAAGCGGUCAGGUUGGUCCGCCCUGGCCCCUUGCCCCCUGGCAAAGGAGCUCGAGACGGUACACCCGAGGCGCACCUACUUCUACCUCACGACUUGUCCCCAUCUACCGAUGCCUGAUCCCCUGUCCGCCCAACGCAGCGCCAUCAUUACACCUGAGCUAUCGAGCUCAGCUUCCACAUCCGAAGACGCCGACGGCGACCGAAGAAGGGAACUCAGCCUUUCCCCAGAGGUCGACCUCUCGUCGCCGGAAUUCGAUGGUAUGGAGGAGGACAUCCCCAUGCCGGGCACACCCAUGGGCUCGGUUUCCGGACGGCAGCGGGCGCUUCACAGCAUGUCGCGCAAUCAUAGAGGAGAAGAACCCCCUUUGGAGAAGGACGAGAAGGAGUUCACGCAAACGGCGGAUGGACUGCAAAAACGCAAAGCCAGUGGGGAGCUGCUCUCUGCUACCCCGGCAGACCAGGUCGUGAUUGACGACGGUAUGCAAAAUGAGCAGCUCUUUGGCGAACCUCAUAGGACCCUGGCACCGAGUUUACUGCCGCGCAUAGCCUUCAUGACCAGCCCGGCCAUGCGCCCAAGCUUGAUGAUCCCUGCCAAGAGAGACGCUGAGGCAGAGAACUGGUCCAAGCUGGACGCCAUGCUCGACUGGGACAAAAGCCCCGAGACAGUUGAGCUGGACGAGCUUGAUGGCUUACUUAACGGCUUUUAG